UUCAUUAGCACAAGUGACAUCCCAGAGGAGCAGAAUACUUGUGUGGUCAGCAACGCGUUGAAUAAAAGGCUCAUUGAUCGAUUGUCCUUUGUUCAUUUUUAUUUUCGAGUGUGAAGAAAGCGUCGUGCACAAAAUCAGAUCGGCCAGUCAGACGCCCUACUGUUUCUCAACACCGCAACCAACAACAAAUUCAUUCAAUUUUAAUAUCGAGAAUUAUCUCUCGUGAAAGCGUAAUUUGACAGAAUGCAUAAACAUGUGCAUCUGGCUGAGAUUGGAUUGACGAAUCGUUUGAUAACUUAUUGUUGGUGAUUUAAAUUAUAGUCACUCUACAUAAAUAUUACGUAUUCAAAGUGAACUCUUUCCGAUAAUUAUUCGUGGCGAUAAGAAAGUUUGGAUUCUUUCAUUUUUGAAAAGCAAAGCGAGUUCAGUUGGCUGCAGAAUUUGUGGUAUUCUUCAUACUAAAAUCCAAGAUGUGGCUGCCAACAAAGACCGACAAAUAUUUUGGAUUCUCGGUGCUGUGCAUUACCAUUGUGAUCCAUGCAGUCCCUACAUCGCAACAGCGCAGGCAAGGAUACCAAAGUCGAAGACUGGGGGGUUUCACUGGUGGACAAGGAUCCAGCAAUUUAGACAUUUUACAUGCCCCUCAAGAGAAAAUGGCGUCUGUGUAUGGAGAACAACUCCAAAAUUUGGACACGCCGGAAUAUGAAACUCCAAAUUAUGAUUUCAAAUACCAAGUUCAUGGGGGUGGAAAUUAUUUUGGACACGAGGAGACUAGAAAGGACUCUAGAGCACAAGGACGCUACCAUGUCUUAUUACCUGACGGGCGAAUGCAAGUGGUAACAUAUUUUAGCGAUCACACGGGUUAUCAUCCAACCAUCCAUUACGAGGUAGUGGGACUGCCACCCAAAGUCAACCAAAAUCUAAAUUUGAUGCCUCAAAAUGAUGGAUACAGAUCAAAACGAAGCAGAUAUUACAAACAUAGUAAAAGAGUGCAUCUGAAACAUCCGGUGUCCUUCAAAAGUUCUGACCAAGGGUUAUUUUAACUUCUCACUGCUUAUCGUUAAUAAAAAUCAAAAUAAGCUAAGCAUA